UGUGCUGGUACAGUGCCCCGGGUUGGCACGUCCGUCACAGCUGCCUGGCCCCCGUCCGCCAGGACUCCCAGCCCAAGGAACUGGAACGGCCUCGGGGGGAAGGGCAGUACGAUUGAAGAUCUGAAGAAGAUAAACCAUGAGCUAAGGCAACGUGUCAUACAACUUCUUGAUAAGAAGCAGGUGGUGGAAAGUCAAGUGGAUAGGUUCACCUGUAAAAAAGAUCAUCUGUGUAAAGAACUGGCUGUAAAUGGCAAACUGUCUGAGCAGCUGGAGAAAGAAUUGCUAUUCAAUACUGCUGAUAAGGAGCUUGAGGAAGCAAAGAUUCAAAUUCGACACCAGCAGAACAAGAUAAACAAGCUGGAACGUACGGUGAAAACACUAAAAUCUAUUAUUUUACAAACAGAAGCUGAAAUAAAGCAAGGGAGGUCACCUUCAAGGCUUGAUACCUUUAUUAAGACAUUGGAAGAGGACAAAGAUUACUAUAAAUGUGAGACUGGGAAUUUGUUGAAGGUAUUUCGAAACGCGUUUUCAAGUCCUAAGCAAACCUCUACUUGUGGCAGCAUGUCAAAAAAAUUUUCAUCCAUCCAGGGAGUGAGUUCUGAUCCAGAAGUUUUGAAAAUACUGAGAGAACGUGAAGAACUUAAGUCAGUGCUGAAAAAAUAUCAGCGCCAUGUGGCAGAAAUUCAGGGUAACUUCAAGGUUUUAACAGCUGAGAGAGACAAAAUUGUCAAUCUUUAUGAACAGGCACAGGAAGAGAUUUCCCGACUUCGUCAGGAAGUUAUCAAAUGCUCCAGGACUCCUAAAAGUACUGUGACAGCUCAAGCUGUGUUAAGACAUGUGGAGAUAGAAAGGGAUACAGCACUGUCAGAUUUCCAAAGGAUGACUACAGAACGUGAUAGCCUCAGGGAGCAGUUAAAGAUUUCCCAAGAGACUGCAUUUAAUGAAAAGGCUCAUUUGGAACAGAGAAUUGAAGAGCUAGAAAUGACUAUUCAAAAUUUAGGUAGUGAACGGUUAGAACAGAUGUCCGAAGUGGCGCUAAUGAAAGACACCAUUGAUUCUCUGGAAACUGAGAUGAAAAGAUUGGCAAGAGCAGCACUGGACUCUGAAACUGAGCUGAGCCGACAGGAAUCUGAAUAUGUUUCACUUAGUUUAUUGAAUGAAAAGACAGAACAGAGUCUUUCAGAGACUCAGCGAAGCCUUGUUAAGAAAAAAUAUGAAAUGCAACUUGCCCAAGAUAAAAUUAUGCUUUUGGAUGAAAAAAUUGAUAACUUUUCAAGACAAAGUCUUGUACAACAACAGGAGAUCUGUGCUUUGAGAGAAACAAUUGCACAACUUGAUAAAGAGAAGGCAUCUUUGCAAGACUGUGUGGAAGAAGGAAGAGAGAAGAUUGCUACUUUUGAGGAAAGCCUGGCAAUUAAAGAGAAAAUAAUUUCGGAUUUCAAGAUUCUGAUUUCUGAGUUGGAGUGUUCCACAAAAAAAUCUACUGAAGCACUCUGUACCUGUGAGAAAGAUAUCACCAGUUUGCAUCAACAGCUACAAGAGACCAACAAAGAACUUGUACAGACUAACAAGAACAGAGAAUCAUUAGCUCAGGAGAAUGACAGGUUACAAGAGCAUCUUUCUAAUAUUAAGCAAGAAAAUCAGGCACUAUAUAAAAAACUGGCAAAGUACCAAACUGAGCUUGAUGAUAUGAAGUUGAAAGCCCAGGAUUCAAGUACAGAUAUUGUCAGGCUGAAGGGUGUACUGAAGUCUAAAGAGACAGAGAACUGCGAGCUUUUGGAGAAUUACCACAAAGCCCGUGAACAAGGAGAAAGUUGGGAAGCAAAAUAUCAUCAAGCAGAAGCAGAUUGUAGCUCUGUUAGGCUGACACUGAUCAGUGCGGAGUCUGAGAACCACAGGUUGAAAGAGAAAAUGGAGUCCCUUGAAACAGAGAUGGAGCAACUGCAGAGCAAGUGUGAGUCAUCCCAUUCUGAAAUAGAGCUGCUGAGAAAACAACUGGGAAGUGAAAGAGGAUCUAUGAAAAACCUGGAAUCUUUGCUUGUGUCCAGUCAUGAGAAAGAAUUUCAGUCACAGAUAGCAAAGCAAGAAAAAGACUCUGAAAUUCAGUUUCUCAAGGAACAGCUUUCUUUAGCAGAAAAUAAACUUGCUGUGCAGAGUCAAGAUUUUACUCAGCUCAGAAAUAGAGCAGCUCGGCUAGAGUCAGAACUGGCUAUCACCAAAAGACAGCUGGGGACUGAGCGCUUUGAAAGGGAAUGUGCUGUACAGGAGCUUCAACGCCAGAAUCGUACAAUCUCGUAUCAGUUAAGUUCUACGUUAAGAACAUCAUCACCUGAACAUUCCCAUCAUCGACCUCCUGAUUGGUCUCUGGACUGGUCCCUGGAAGGAUUCAUCCUUCUUGCUAUCUUCAUAAAAGAAUUUUGAAAAAGGUCUCCAGUUUAUUUUGCAAGCAAAGGCACAUUGGUCAUGGUAAUGGUUUAAAUGUACAUCUUGCAUGUAUGUUCCUGCGUUGGAAUUUGGUUUGUGAUAACCUGACUACUAAACAUUAACAUUUGUAUCUGAGUAAUGAUUAAAGACAGCAUAACCCAUAUGAAUGCUCCUAACUGCCUUUUAAAACCUGUUGAUAUGAGCUGUAGGUAUGAUUCUGUGUUGCUUUUUAGGAACAAGUAGUUCCUGUAUUUUGAUGAAUAAUGUAAAAAAAAAAAAAAAAAAAAAAAAAAAAGUAAAAUAUACCUGUAACAUAACUUCUAGGAUUAUCUUCCGUAAGAGCAACACUAUUUUUCACUAAAGGUGACUUGAAUUUAAUUUUUAGGUCCUGAUUCUUCAUUCUCUAUUUGGCGGACAGCCACAGAAGUAAUUUCAGCAAUCACCAGUGUUAAUGGGACUAUUUGCAAGUAAUAAAGACUGUAAGAUCAGACAUAAUGAUAUUAACCAUUUCCACAUUAUGCAGUUAUUAAAAGGCAUAUGGUACACUUUUCCCAGAUGAGAGAAGAUGAUCAUCUCAUCAUCCCAGAAGAUGAGAAAGUGAUUUGUUGUUUUGCAAUCAUAUUGCUGUAUUGAUUUUUUUUAGAAGAUGAUCACAAAAAAGUUUAAGAAAUGUGAUCUUAGUCUGCAAAACUAAUACCCUAUAAUUUAGAAGAUGAGAAGGAGAGAUUAGAUAAACAUAAAAUAGAUAAAACUGAUCAUACUGUGCAGAGGCCCAUGUCCUCAGACGUAAUUCCUUAGUUGCAGUAAUGAUAGUUUUUCCACAUAAGAUCAUAAAGAAGUCAGUAACGAGGUGCUCCCCUACAAAGUAAAAGUGCAAGAUCCUUAAGCAAUUUGGACUUUAAAAUUCUUAAGUAGAGAGGAUUAAGGGAAUAUGAGAUUAUAAAUAUCAAGCUGUAAUAAACUUGCUUUUUGUAGAGUACACUGAUAAAGUAAUAGCCUUUAUUAUUAGGGUUAGCCUUCAUUUAGAAAACGUUACGAAAAUGAGAACCUUGUUUUUCUACAGGCAAAUUACAAAGGCAUCAUCAGGUCAUGGAUGAGGCCCAAGCAACUUUUGUCAAUGGUGAUGGGACAAAGUCUUCAAGUGACUUCUGACAGCAAUUAAUUGCUAUGUACUUACUGAUGGUUAAAAAAAAAAAUCAUUCAAGUGAGUAUAUUCAGAGAGCAAUAUCACUGUAGUGGCAACCCCCCAACUGAAAGAAAGAAAAAAUGAAAGAAUUAAUUGAAUUUGCUGAAGUUUGCAAAUAAAACCUUUUAGUUUAACAAAAAAGCUGCUUGUUGGCAAUGUCUGUAGUAAUAGCCCAAGAGGACUUGGAACAGUGUUUGCUGGUUGGGAAUUGUAUGUACUGCUCCAACAGUAUAUUCUAAAAACCUUCAGACCAUUGCUGAAUAUGAAACUUUGCUUCAUCCUUAAGUAAAGAUAGAUAAUGAGCUCAAACAGAAUAUUUACAGUUCUUUACUUUUGGUUGCAAACUCUCUAAUCUGUAACACACCUUAAUUUUUUCAAAAACUGGGAAGUACUAUUGAAUAUACCCAAACUGAAAUGUGUUACGCAUUUUGUGAUAGUAUGUAUUUCCCCAUAAUGUGGGUUACUCAUGAUAGGGCGAUUUUUCUUGUUGUUGCUUUAUUACAGUAUUUUGGUUGGAAAGAAACAUACACCAAAAAUCUAUUUAUUAUUUGUUUGCAUUUGUGACACUUAUUUGCAACUGUGAACAAUGCUAUACUUGAUUUUUAUACAUUUUUUAAUUGCAUUUACCACAAUAUUUUUACAUGAAAAUACAGUUUGUGGUUUUAUAUGAAAUAAGAGCAUGUUAAACUUGUUCUCAGCUACUCUGUAGUGAGCUAAAAUUAUCUGGUUUGCAUAACAAAGAAUCCUAUAGUAUUUUAAAAAGUAUUCAUGCUUUUCUGCAGCAGUAUCUUUCUAUUUUCUAGCCACUGGUUAUGGAGUUCUUUCCAACCGAGUUUGCUUACCCAUGGCAAUGGAGACUGUCACCAUUAAUCAGUAGAAGGUAUUUUACUUGAGCAUAACUGGUUUGUAAAAGAAAGAAUUCAGUGCCUCUGGUAUCCUCCCUCCUUAGUCUCUUUUUCUUCAUACUAGAAGAAAGAGGAGCUACUAUGUAUACAGAACAGUGUCUCCAUUGCUGGUACAGUCCCACCAAGGAUGAAGAAUUCAUUGUGUGUUGCUGGGUUGAAGUAUUUCACUGCUUUUUGUACACUCUAUGCAAGCAACCUUUCAGCAGCCUUUGGAACCAUGUAUCUAUGUGAUUUAUCCUGCUGUUUCCACUCAAAGAAAACCAGAUUUAUUUUUUUUCCUUUCAGUCACUAAUAAAGCUUGAACUUUAGCGACAUGUAAUCAGAAUUGAGAUUGUGCUGUCUGUGUUAAAGCAAGUGGUUUUAGUCUUUGACCAGGAAAAAUGCUCAUGGUAUGGGGUACUUUUUAGUAGUACUAUGGCUGAGUUUUUUAUUUAAUCUCCCUCCUUUCUUCUGAGAACAGCUAUUUCCAUCAGUGUCAGCAUAGGCUGUGAAGUAGUAGAGUGCCACAUGGCUAUCAGCAUCAGAUAUACUUUAGCAGCUCUGUUACUCGCUUGCUUUUGUAUAUUUAUUUAAUCUGAUUUUGAUAUUAGCAGAUCUUAAAUGAUACAAUAGAAUGCAUAUGAAGUUGGUAUAUAUGGAAUAUUUAACUAAUUCAUUUGCAUUAGCUCUUCCUUCCACAUCUUAGUCAUUUCAGUAUGAAUAGCCUUGCAACAAGAAAUACAAGUUGUUUUACUGAUACAAACUGGAGUGUCUGUAAAGAAGUGUGAUCUUUUAAUAAAAGCAGCAAGAGUUUUUUUUAAUGUAUCUUGCACUCUUAAUGAUCUUUCCUCUGAUCCACGGAACCUUCAUAUUAAUUUCCAGCAGAGGGAGUAUGUGAAAUGAAGAUGAAUGAAUCAUACAUGGCUUUGUGGUAUUAAUGUACAGAGUUACCUGAACACGCGGAAAGAUAUUUCACAGUUAGUUUUACAUUUUGGACACUUUCCACCCAGAAGAAAAGCAGCUUGAUAAGAUGGAUAAAAUUUUCAUGUGACUUGACUCGGAUUGACAAUGUCAAAACCUAUAUCCUUAUUUCAUGACAAGGAUCAGAUUUUUUAUUAAUAAACUUUGAAAAAACAAA